CGAACAAGAGACGUUGCAAUAUAGAGAGGAGGAAAGGGUUGUAGUUGGAGAAGGGAGUGUUCUUGUUCUUCAGCGGAAAGUACUUUUUCCGAUGCCGACACUCUGCUUUCUUCAGCGAAGCUUUAAGCCUAGCGCUGUUGAUAAUCAAAGUACCUACCUUUGACCAACAUGUUCACCUUUACGAGGCGUUGACUCUCUUUCACAUUUAGACCUGGCCGGCGCUUCUACAAUCAUGCGCAAUGCAACCAACACCGCAGCCUGUUUGCCGAAAGACGAGCAAAUCCUCCACCUCGAACCUUGAGCUGGAUACUUAACGAUGGGAGACCGCAGCUUGCAAAGCAGCAGAUGGGCCCCUAAGAACCAAUUUCAGACGAGUUCUAGCAAUCGCGAGUUUGCAGAUGACUGGAGGUGUCUUUCGUGCAGCUUUUCGAAUUUCCAGUGGCGCAAGAAGUGUUUCCGUUGCUCAACUCCCAAGGGACAAGGAGCGCAUGUUCCUACGACAAACGGCCUGCCCAUCUCGAUCUCUCCAGACCUGCCACAAAAUUGGGAGAAAGAACCAGCUGUCAAAUCAUCUCUUCUUCAUGGUCUUAAUCCCACACCAAAGCAGCCAUCUUUUAAGCCUGUAGAGCAUGGAUUAGCAACAAGUCGAUGGGCACCUCGCAGACAAAGUCACGGCGAGCCACUUCAAGUUUGGACCAGAACAGUAUCAUCUGCGAAACCUACGAGACCUUGCUCGCCCUCAAAAUCAUUUGCGAACAAGUCUGUCUCUCCGGACUUGGGGUUUCCGUACCAAGUCCAACAUUACAUUCUGGCCUUGGUCCAACGAAUCUUGGAGGAGGGUUGCUAUGAUUUUGCAGCAAGGUGGCUCCCACAAGUCCUGAACGAGAAGGGAUGGGAUUGUCCAGAAGCUGUAGAGUUGUCUAUAUGGAAAUCCUUCCUCCCAAACGCGCUUCCUCCGAACGCGAUCAAGCCACUGUCGAAUUAUACUCUGGAAGCUGCUCUAGCUGAUGCCGUUCGAACUCGGAAUAGAGCCGUUCACCGUCACCUGUGCGAUAACAACGAGAUACGGCAGAUGACUUUGCAAGCUCAAGACUUGAUGUCCAUGUUUUCAGAUACCACUCGGCAGAACAAAUUUCACCAACUUUGGGCGGAGCUGAACGUCUGGAAUUCCAAGGACGAUGCAUUGGGGGCGAGGACAAGAUUGGAAAGGGCUUUGCGAGAGAUCAGUGAGAGACCUAUGGACGAUAUGGAUUGGACACCGAAUGCUGUAUCAUUAGAGGAACUACAUGCUAGUUCUGGAGAAGUUCAGAAUACGCCAGAGCUUUAUACGGACGAAAUGGAACUUGAUUAGAUCGCAUCUAGCUACCUCUGUACGUGGUGAAGCUGUAUGGGCCUAGCAACAAUGGGACAUGGAAAUGCUCGCCCUCCUUGACCAGAAAUGUCAAUUCGACAACCUGGGCAGAUCAGCUUGGAACUCAAGGAGCUGGACAGAUUAUCCCACCGGGAAGAAUGUAUUUUCCGUUCCAUAAUGCGCUCCUGUAUCGAAUUGCAACUUCCAAAGACUGGAUCCUGCUGGACCUGAGAUUGUCAGUAAUGUGUGAAGAUCAAGUAGCCUCGAGCUCAAUGGGAGGUGGACUCUGCAGACAACUUACAGCUUGAUCCUGCUCCCUGCUCUGCAUAGUGCUUUAUCAUAUAAUGUAAGGUAGCUGGGACUCCUCCUCGAUCGGCCACGAAUGCUCCUUCUUCCCCAUUUGCCCCUUGCAUAUUACUCC